GCCCGCGCUCGGCCGGCGCGAUGCUCUUCUCGCUGCGGGAGCUGGUGCAGUGGCUGGGCUUUGCCACCUUCGAGAUCUUCGUGCACCUGCUGGCCCUGCUGGUGUUCUCCGUGCUGCUGGCUCUGCGCGUGGACGGCCUGGCCCCUGGCCUCUCCUGGUGGAACGUGUUCGUGCCCUUCUUCGCCGCUGACGGACUCAGCACCUACUUCACUACCAUCGUGUCCGUGCGCCUCUUCCAGGACGGAGAGAAGCGGCUGGCCGUGCUCCGCCUUUUCUGGGUCCUCACGGUCCUGAGCCUCAAGUUCGUCUUCGAGAUGCUGUUGUGCCAGAAGCUGGUGGAACAGACUCGGGAGCUCUGGUUCGGCCUCAUCACGUCUCCGGUCUUCAUUCUCCUGCAGCUGCUCAUGAUCCGCGCCUGUCGGGUUAACUAACUUCGGCAGAGGGGUCGGAGAGGGGGCGCCGGACAGCUGGAAUGCUGGACCUCAAGCCGAGGCCCUACUUGCCCCACACCGGAGGAGAGGUCUUGGUCUGAAGGCAGCUCCUGUUUGUGCCCAUCCGAGUGCCCAGUUUUCUCUAUACCAAUCGUGUCAAAUUGUUCCCUGAACAGGGCUAAAAAGAGCAGCUUUGGUCCUUAAAAUGUAUUUCCUGUUAUUUUAUUCUUUGAGUAGCUAAUCCUGAAUUGAGAUCCUGAGAAGGGCCCCAGGCCAGGCAGUAGUGAACUCCUCUGACGGUUGUAAACUGCUUAUAAGUAAAAUGUCCUGAUGGGUUCUGAGUAUUUUCCACGGAUUCUGGGAAAAUACUCCUGUAAAAAGGCUGUGAAAGUGGCCUCAGAGAUUUCUUCCAGCCAGCAGCGCUGACCAACUGCUCACUGCUCCAUUCAUCCAGGCCAGACUUCGUUAGAUGGUUGAGUGCUUUUAAAAAGUGUAAAUGAAGUUGUUUUUCUUCCUCUGUG